GGGGAUUUGGGCCUCUGAGAUGAGGCUGACCGUGGCUGAGAUGAGGGUUAGAAGCUGGAGAAGGAAAAUUCAUGCCUCAGGCGUGCAGGCAGCAAAUGACGAGACACCAAACAACACCUACCAGGUUGAGCUUGUACAAGCCCAUCACGACAAGAAAUAGACAAGAUACCCAACCGGAACAUAUUCGAGGAGUGCCUUUCCCGCAUCUACCUGCGCCUCUUGAGCUUCUUCGUCGCCUCGUCGAAGACACCACGUUGCCUACGACCGAUCCUCCUAUUUUGAGCUUCAUCCUUGCGUAGUCUUGGGCCGACAGCACAAGUCACUAACGACAAUAUUCAUAAAGGCUUAGACAAGUGAUACCCAUAGUACCGCCGCAACUGAGUAUACAAGCAAUAUGGAUUCACCUAUGCAGGAUGUCGACCGGAUUCCAGAGCCGGCAGCAUCGUCGGCUCCCCUCGAACCAACAACCAUUCCCACACUUGACGGGUGGAUUGAAAGCUUAAUGAACUGCAAGCAGCUUUCGGAGCAAGAUGUGCAGAGGCUUUGCGACAAGGCUCGAGAGAUAUUGCAAGAGGAGUCCAAUGUGCAGCCAGUAAAAUGUCCAGUCACCGUCUGUGGCGAUAUACAUGGGCAGUUCCACGACUUGAUGGAGCUGUUCAAAAUUGGUGGCCCAAAUCCAGAUACCAACUAUCUUUUCAUGGGUGACUACGUUGACCGUGGAUACUUCUCCGUUGAGACUGUCACCCUUCUCGUAGCUCUCAAAAUUCGUUAUCCUCAACGAAUCACCAUUCUGCGAGGCAACCACGAGUCGCGCCAGAUCACUCAAGUUUAUGGCUUCUAUGAUGAGUGCCUCAGGAAGUACGGAAAUGCCAAUGUGUGGAAGUACUUCACUGAUCUCUUCGAUUUCCUUCCCCUCACUGCACUGAUUGAGAACCAAAUUUUCUGUCUUCACGGGGGUCUCUCACCCAGCAUCGAUACCCUUGACAACAUACGUGCUCUGGACAGAAUACAGGAGGUUCCUCACGAAGGUCCCAUGUGCGAUCUGCUCUGGUCCGACCCGGAUGAUCGCUGUGGCUGGGGUAUCUCGCCACGGGGGGCGGGCUAUACAUUUGGACAGGAUAUCUCGGAAGCAUUCAAUCAUAACAACGGCUUGACGCUGGUUGCAAGAGCCCACCAGUUAGUUAUGGAAGGUUAUAACUGGUCACAAGACAGGAAUGUGGUUACCAUCUUCUCCGCGCCAAAUUACUGUUACAGAUGCGGUAAUCAGGCAGCGAUAAUGGAGAUUGAUGAGCAUCUAAAAUAUACAUUCCUACAAUUCGACCCGUGCCCAAGAGCUGGUGAGCCAAUGGUCUCGCGCAGGACGCCCGACUAUUUCCUCUAAUCAAUGCACCAUCAUCAUACAUAUUGCACUACAGGGCUGUUUCGCACCAAAAGAAGUGUACAUGUUGAGCCCAGACGUCUCACCCCUUUUCGCCCCGGGUGGUGAACAGGAAGGCUGCAUUCACGAUCAUGCGUUUCUUCGAGAAAAUUACCCGCAUUUAGCAUGUGGUCUCUAGGAGGAUCCUUGGGCAGCGAAUACUGCGAUUGUGGCUGUUGCUGCUGCAUAUGAGGAGGUGGUUGUGCAUUUGGCUGUCUGUACGAUUAGCAUGAAGAAUAGACAAAAUGACUUGAGGAAUAAUGGAUGAUUUCGGCGUUUUCGAAAAGUGUAGCAGUUGUCACGCUGAAUACUCUCCCUUAAUGCUAUUGGAUCAGUUAUAUGG